AUGACGGGUUCAGACUUCGAACGACUCCCAGGGCACAUUCAGCGAGCUAUCGACAAUGCCUUUAACAAGGCCAUCAACCCCAACAAUUCAUCAAAAUUCCUACCUAUCUCAAACACAGCUUCUAGCAAUCCUGUAUCCACAAGCCUUGGGAACGAUGACGGAGGUGGAGGUGGGUUUCUCGUGGAUGACAACGAAGACGUUCCAGAAGACAUCGAUGUUGAACCAUCCACCUCCAACAGUAGCGAUGACCUGAUUCCUCUGGACCUAAUCCCCACCGCUCUCCAAUUUCUCGAUCUUCCACCAGACGACGAAGAAAUCCUAGGCGUGCUCCGGAACGCGGCCUCAGGCUGGUCUUCUUCUUCUUCUUUACAAACACCCAAACCUCUAGAUCCUCAGACGCGAUUUGUAAGUCGCGAGGACUGGCGUUCCGUCUGCGCUGUUCUACUUGAGAAUCGCGAGAGUGACGACGACGACGACCUUUCAGAGAACGCGCAACAGCGAGACGAGGAUGAGGACGGAGAUACCUUCAUGGAUGAUGACUUUGAAAACUCUGUUUCUUCUGGUGGUGGUGGUGACUCAGAUGAGGAAUAUCAAGGCGAACGCCGUCGUUCCACACGUACAAGGAGAUCAAAGACCUCUCAGCAACGCACAGAUGGCCUUUCGCCUGAACAUUCCGAAGCUCCAAAGAAACUUACAAAACGUCAAUACCAAACCUGUCUAGCUACAUACGCUCUCUUCUUCCCCGACAUCCCAAAUGAAGAAUUGUUGAAGAAGCGAAUACUGGUUUCCGACCUCCAGCGAGUCUCAAAUCUUCUCGGCGAGAAAACCAAAGCUGAAGAGAUCAUCAUGCGCCAGAUGGUCGAGAUGUUGGAGAUGUUCUCGACCUCAAAGGAUAAAGCCAUGAGUUUUGACGACUUUACUCGGAUGAUGAUUACAGCUAAACUGGCGUAA